UACGGAUCGACCUCGGGGCCGGUCGGAUCGACUGACGUGGUAGAUCGAGAGUGGCGAGUGGACGCGCGGGGCGAAUCCGGCGACCGCAUCGGUGACCAGUUACGCGCGAAUGGCCUGCGGAGCGGACGUUGAAAUCGCAAAGCGGUGCAACGACGAUUGCGAUUAGCCUCCUUACCUCCUCGAUCGUUCCAAACGAGAUCGGCGAAUAACUUUUAGAGCAAAAUGGUCCUGUUCACGAUAAUCGCGAGAGUGUCAGAUGGCCUGCCACUAGCAGCAACCAUGCAGGAUAACGAACAGGAUGGUAAAAAUAUCGUGGAGUAUCAGAAUCAAGCAAAAAUGCUAUUUAGAAAAUUAGGUCCACAAUCUCCAUCAAGAUGUACUCUGGAAACUGGUCCAUAUCUUUUCCACUAUUUAAUUGAAAACGAGGUGUGUUAUCUGGUAUUAUGUGAAAGAAACUAUAGUACACGCAUAGCUUAUAGCUAUUUGGAAGAUAUAGCACAGGAAUUCCAUGCUCAAUAUGGCAAACGUGUAAAUACAGUGACUAGGCCUUAUACUUUUAUCGAAUUCGAUACAUAUAUUCAAAAAGCCAAGAAGAUCUUCUCCGAUAGUAGAUCUCGCAGGAAUUUGAACACUCUUAAUAGCCAGUUGCAAGAUGUACAAAGAAUCAUGGUACAAAAUAUUGAUGACGUUUUACAAAGGGGUACUGUACUCUCAGAAUUGGAUACAAAGACACAGAAUUUAUCUAUGCUGUCGCAAAAAUAUAAAAAAGAUGCAAGACAUCUAAAUAGUAAAUCGAUGUAUGUGAAAGUUGUUGCUGGUCUUGUUGCAUUUUUGGUCUUCCUGUUAUAUUUCUUCAUUCUUUAGUUACACAAUACAACACAAAAAAAUUUCGAUAUGCAGUUUCGAAUGCAUAAAAGGUACUCCAUCUCCAAGACUAGAUACUUUCAUUUAUUUCCUGCAUAAUUGCAGAAUAUUUCUGAUUCCAACAUCUACUUAUAAAAAAA